AUGUCGCUGAGCCUUCCAGACUUCAAUUCUCCAAAUGCAUCCAUCCGUGAAAGGAUGGAAGCCUUGAUCCGUGAAAAACAACAGAAAAUCACCAGCAGUUUAGAAAGCUUGGACUCUGGUUUCAAGUUCAAGUUCGAUCAAUGGGAUAGACCAAAUGGUGGUGGCGGUUUGUCAUCGGUCAUUGAAAACGGUACAACUUUUGAGAAAGGUGGUGUCAAUAUCUCCGUGGUGUACGGUAAUUUACCUCCUCAAGCCGUGGAGAAAAUGAGAGCAGACCACAAAAACUUGGGUGAUGCCAAUGGCAAUGGCGUUAAGUUCUUUGCCUGCGGAUUAUCCAUGGUCAUUCAUCCUCGUAACCCCCAUGUUCCAACCACCCAUUUAAAUUAUAGAUAUUUUGAAACCUGGAACCCAGAUGGAACUCCUCAAACUUGGUGGUUUGGCGGUGGUUCUGAUUUGACUCCUUAUUACUUAUAUGAAGAAGAUGCUAAGUUAUUCCACCAAGCUCAUAAAGACUCGUUGGAUAAGUUCGACACAAAGUUGUAUCCUGAAUGGAAAGCUUGGUGUGACAAGUAUUUUUGGAUCCCUCACAGAAAUGAAGGUAGAGGGGUUGGUGGGAUCUUCUUUGAUGAUUUUGAUGUCAAGGAUCCGAAUGAGAUUUUGAAAAUUGUUGAAUCAAUGUUCGAUAGCUGGCUUGACGCUUACAUGACAAUUGUCAAUAGAAGAAAGGACACUGCAUACACUGAGGAACAAAAGCAGUGGCAACUUGUCAGAAGAGGCAGAUAUGUUGAAUUUAACUUGGUCUAUGACAGAGGUACUAAGUUUGGAUUACAAACCCCUGGCUCAAGAAUCGAAUCGAUUUUAAUGUCGUUACCAACUAAUGUCAGCUGGGUUUACAACCAAUCACCUGAAGAGGGUUCAGAAGAAGCUAAGUUGGUAAAAGUUUUGCAACAUCCAAUCGACUGGGCGGUCUAA